AUUUGGUACUGUGAUAUAAUUGUUUUACUGACAUCUACAGCAGGUCCUGUUAUUGUACUUAGAAUCAUAAAGCCCUAUCAGGUACCCCCAGACAGCAGAGAAGCUCUAGAUUGAAAUUCUCUUUGGAAGGCAUGCGUGGGAGAUCUGUAUUGUCUCAUUCCUCCCCAAUAUUCUGUCACUCCAUAACACUCACAUGGUUUCCUUGGCUACCCCAAAACAUACAUUCAUAAAUGAGGAAAGGAACCCAAGACAAAGGCAAAAAAGAACAAAAAGGCAAAACUCUAGGAGCAAUUGUUUGAAAGCAUCUAACAUUAAAAAAGAAGAAAAAACAAUUUCUGCACUGAGUGUGUCUAAACCUGCAGCUUGUUAUAUUAGAUGGAUUAGACCCUUCUGCCUCUCUCUGCCUUUGUACAUAAAGAAAUGUUAAUGUUUCCUGCUGAUGCUAGGAGGCCACUGCAUUACCCAGUAUCACAGCUGUUGCAUUCUUAGAACAAGAUCACUGUUCUCUCCAGCUAAACUCGAGGAGACCCUGGAAUUCUUCAAAAGGAAUGUAAAGAUGGCAAAAAGCAAAAGAAACAGUUUGCAAUUUUUAUCAAUUUUAUUUCUUCUCUUGAACUUUAUGUCUCUCCAAGUGUAUUCCAUGGACACAGUUAAUCUAGUGGAUUUCUGCAAUCAGACAAUCAUAGGUGACGGCAUGAUUGUGAACUCUCACAGGGAAUCAAGGAAGUACUAUUUUGUUACCAUUGGAACAGAUUGCAGGCUAACGAUGCAGGCCAUAUCACCAACAGACAACAUUGAAUUCCAGUUCAGAUUCUUCUUGGUCUACAGCCUAAUGCAUGUCUCAUCAAUCAGAGAACUGACCACAGUGUCAACAUUACAUGAACUACAUAAUACAACUGGAGACCCAACUGACAUAGCCACUUCUAAUCCUGGGCAAAGUGGAGCAAGAGAGCCAUCGCCAACGGGCAAAUGGGAGUUAACAGACCCCUGCAAUGCUGGCUCUUACCUACAGUUUUACGAUGGGAAGGAUCUGAGUGCCACACCCAUCGGGCAACCUCUUUGCGGGAAAACUAUCCCUCAGCCUGUUUCAUCUACAGGGAACUAUCUAACACUCCGACUCGUGACUAGAGGACAACAGCCUAGAGUGGACUUUGUUGGUGAUUUUACCUCUUUCACUUCAGGGUCCAACUCCUCAAACUGCAGCAAUGAAUCCUACUUCCACUGUAGUAGUGGGAAGUGUAUUCCAGCAAGCCUGGUCUGUGAUGAUACCGGCAUUGAUAACUGUGGCGAUGGCAGCGAUCAGUUACCACAUCCACCAUCUAACUGCAGAGAUCCUUCUUCUGGAGUAAGCUCUCCUAAAACUGACAGUACCACAACAGCCCAGGCUGCAUCAUCACUAUCAUCAUCAUCAUCAUCAUCAACUGCAAACCUGCUGUGUGAAACCGUAAACAAAAACCAGGAUCAUGGUCCAAAUACUGUUCCUGAACUGGGUUCUAUAGCAGAUGACAAGAUGUACUUUUCUCUCAUCGCCCUGUAUAUCAUCCUUGGUAUAACUGCUGGGAUUGUGCUGCUGGUUUGGUGUUGCUGGUCUCCUGGGUGGUUUGUUUGGCGACUUAGUGUGUGCAGUGCUGUUCCCUGCUGUAACUCAAUUUGUGCCUACUGCCAGCUUUGCACUCGCAGCUGCUCUUCAAAGGACAAUAAUCGUAUUUCAAAAGUGACACCACUGAACACAGAAAGUCCAUCAAGUGAUGGUGACUAAAUUACCCAGCUGACCUCCCUAAAUACAGACCAGUAUCACUAGUUAGUGACACUGUGGGUUAGAUAACUUGUUUUAAGUAAAACAAACUGACAAAAAUGUAUGUGGCUAAAUUAUAAUCCUGUUAUACAGCAUUCAAAACUGAACACAGAAAUGGACCGGAUAUAUAGUAUAAAUGACUAUGCUGGAAAGCUUCAGUACUGAUUGUCUGAAACAGAGAAAUAAUUUCUUGUUUAUUAAUAUGAGAUGUUACAGUGCAAAAUGUUAUUGCGUGAUCUUUCCUUUCAUGAGGAAUAAAUUCAAAUGCGGUAUUUAAAGCCAUUUCUUUUAAACUGCAGUUUAGUAACAUAUGACAUAUUCCAAAAUAUAUCUUUGUUGUUUUUCCACUAACAUUGGCAUUGUGCAUAUUUUCUGGUUGCCCUGCAGUGACAUUUUUUUUGAAAUUGCAAGUGUAGCUAAGAGAAAAUAGAAAGGGUCACUAGUCCUUGAGUCCAAAAAUUUGCUUUAUGAUCAAAAUGAGAAGGGUCUGCAAAGGAAAAAGUUCUCCCUUACUGGCCUGCUCUUAUAUCUUUCCCCUGCACUGGAGAGUUGCCAUCUGUUAGAACUAUAUAGGUAAUUUAUUAUCCAUGCUGUGAGGCCUACUUGCAGCUCUGUAACGCUAAGUGCUUUCCAUUAGCUAAAGCAUGAAGAAUGUUCUCAUACAGCCAAUACUGUAACUCAUUGUAUCACACUGUAGUAUUUAAUACACAGCAAAUUUAGGGAGGGUUUCAGAGCAGAAUGGAUAUUUCUGAAUAUGGGAUAAUAAGUGUCAUAUUUACCACUGCACAAGAGACGGACCUAACAUUAUCUGACUAUAUUUCAAAGUUUAACCUAUGGACCUUCACUAAUGGCUACAAUAAAAGAACAGUCUUUUGACAAUGCA